AGACAUCCUAAACAGUCUCAUAUGUAAAAGUUCCCUAAGCUAAGAGACUCCAUGAAUCCACCUCCUACGUAAAUUCAUUUUCACCAAGCUAGAAUCUUCCUAGCAAUCCAUCACCUAAAUAAUAGUGAUGUAUUUUUUUAUAUUUUUACCGAUUCAAUUUCAUUCAUUCAUUUUGCUGUCAACAAUGGCUGCUUGUCAAUUGUCUAUGCUUUUAAAAAUAAAUAUUAUCUGUGAUGUUGACAGUUGACACUUUUGACACUUUGUUCAUAAACAAAAGUUGGUUGUUUAUAAACAGUAGUUAGUUAGUAAAAGAGAGUUAUAGAGAGUUGGUCAAGUCACACGUGUUAUUUUCUUUAUGAGUCACACUGUAGAAGAAGAAGCAUUUAAUAAAGCAAUGGCAGAAAAGAAGAAACGCGGACAAAAUUUUACAAUGGAAGAGAAGGACAGACUAAUAAAGUUAUUAGCACAGUAUCGGUCCACAAUAUUAAAUAAAAAAACGGACGGUACCACCAAUAUGGCGAAGAUGCAAGCCUGGAAUGCUUUAACGAAUAAAUUUAAUAGUUGUGGCUCAACUUACAGAACUAAAGAUUCACUGGUGAAACAGUGGGACAAAUUAAAAACGGAGGCCAAAAUAUAUAACGGAAAAAAUAAAAAAGGUGUAAUGGGCACAGGAGGUGGACCAUCCACGGUAAAAUCCGAUCCAGUUUUGGACCAGGCGUGCGACCUGCUGGGGAGGGCAUGCUCAGGCAUGCUAGCUGUCAAUGACAGUGAUGCUGAUAUACCUACAAGUGGGGCACUAGAAAGCAGUAUGUUUCAUGAUAUUGCCACAGAAGUUGAGAUAUAUGAAAGAGAAGGAGAGCAGGAUGUACCAAUGGAGAAUAUGACUGUACAGGAUGUUGCUCCUGGUCCCAGCUGCCUGGUUGAAUUUCAAUCAACUCCUGCAAAUAUGAAUAUCCCAGAUGCUGUUCCUGGUCCAAGCGGUGUCACUCAACAAAUGCCACUAACAGACAUCCCGGAUCAAGAAAAUACAACUACAGGCCAACCAUUGUGGUCAAGACGGCGUCGACCUCAAAUGGGUGCCAGGCAUGAGAGAACAGAGGCGCUGGAAAAUAUAACCUCCAGCUUUUGCAAUGUUCAGCAGCAGAAAUUGACCUAUGAACAAUUGAAAGUUCAAUUGCUGAUGGACGAGAAAAUAUUUAAAGAUAGCUUGUACAAAAUACAAUUAACUACAGCUGAAAAGGAGCUGGAAAUAAAAGUAGAAAUACUAAAACAAAUUCAAAGAGGCGGCUUAUCACUUGAGAACAUUAUGGGCAAGAAGAAAGAUGAAUAAUUUUUUUGUACUUGAUUUUGAUAAAUAUUUGUUUGAUUUAGAGAUGAAUAAUUUUUUGUACUUAAUUUUA